GGGCAAGAGAGGCGGCUGCGUGUUCCUUUCAGCGGUGUCUCCUUUCAGGGACACUUCCUCCUGAGGGGGUUCGUCAUAUAUAGUCUAGGCUUGGUACACAGCUGUUACCCCAUAUUGUGUAAUGUCAUAUACGAGUUACAACAAUUAUUUUCAUAUUUUUCCAGACACAGAAAUACCGACCGCAUUGGCUUUAUUGUUGCCAGCCGCGCCUAACUUUGGACUUGCCCGGGCUUUAUCCCGGUUAGUGUCGCUUGCAUUUGAAGGCUGUCUUUUUGCUUUGGAUAUGGGUGACAUCUCAACUCGCGAGCUAUGACACAUGUAACAGGAUGGACAAGGAAGCUUUAAAGGGACUCUACUCACUCUCAAUUACUUUGUGUUUUUUGGUUUCAGUUAUUGGUGAGGUCAUCUCUCAAGACGGCUACCUAAAUACUGUGCAGAGUGCAGCUCCUCUGUCCUGCUCUGAGGGCUUCACUGAGCUGGGCUACUACAAUGGGUCUGUGUCCCAGACAGACUCUGGAUCACCCUGCUUGAAAUGGACAGAGUUCCCAGACUACGUCCUGCAGUACCCGGGUCGGGGCCUGGGCAACCACAGCUACUGCCGCAACCCCGACCGCGAGUCCAACCCCUGGUGCUUCUUCCGUCAGAGCUCUGGAGCCAUCGGCUGGGCCUACUGCGACUGUCACCAGGGAGCUGCCAGAUUGGUAGGUGGUUCCUCCCCUCGUAGCGGGCGUCUGGAGUUGUACCUAAAUGGCCAGUGGGGGGCGGUAUGUGACACACACUGGACCGACCGGGAUGCCAGUGUGGUAUGCAAACAGAUGGGACUGGGGGAGAUCGGCACAGCUCUCCAGCACUCUUACUUCGGACCCGGCUCUGGACUCUUCCACUAUGAACGCCUCGGCUGCCGCGGCAACGAAAACUCUGUGCUGGAGUGCAGGAGCCGGAAGUUUAUUACCAGUGACUGUAACCAUGGCAACGAAGCGGGGGUGGUGUGUUCUGCCCCUGAAGGCAAUGGCGCCCCCAUAAGGUUGGUAGGUGGACUGGAGGACUUUGAGGGUCGUGUGGAGGUGUACCAUGACAGGAGGUGGGGCACCAUCUGUGAUGACCAAUGGGAUGAUGUCGAUGCUGAGGUGGUCUGUCGACAGUUGGGCCUUGGAGGGGUACCAAAGGCAUGGACCUGGGCCCACUUUGGCCAGGGCUCUGGGCCCAUCCAUCUGGACGGGGUGCAGUGUACAGGCAAUGAGCUCUCCCUGGAGGAAUGUCCCCACAACCACUGGCAACAACACAACUGUGACCACAUGGAGGACGCCGGCGUGUCCUGUAACCCUUAUACAGACGGUGUAGUGAGGCUGGUAGGGUCCGACAGUCCCUGGGAAGGCCGGCUGGAGGUGUACCACUCCGGAGACUGGGGUACGGUCUGUGACGACGACUGGACCGAGCAACACGCGCAGGUCAUUUGUAGACAGCUGGGAUUCAGAGGGCGCGCGGAGGUGGCAUCAGACGGACAGUACGGGGAGGGCACGGGGCUGAUCCUGUUAGAUGAAGUGAAGUGUAAUGGCACGGAGGACACCCUGCUGGCCUGCAGACAUGCAGAGUGGGGGCGCCAUGACUGCUCCCACAGCGAGGAUGUAGGUGUGCGCUGUGAAAGGGGGGGUGAAACCAACAGGAUUACAGGGCUCCCACGCAUCGCAGGCCCUCUGGUGCGACUGGUAGACGGAGAGAGCCGGAAGGAGGGGCGCGUGGAGGUGUUUCUGAACGGCCAGUGGGGAAGCGUGUGUGACGACGGCUGGAAUGACGUCAACGCUGCUGUGGUCUGCAGGCAUCUGGGAUUUGUCGGGGUGUCGAAGGCCCGCUCCAUGGCCUAUUUCGGAGAGGGCCAGGGACCCAUACACCUGGACAAUGUCAGGUGCACGGGGGCUGAGGCUUCCCUGGGGGAGUGUCCGGCCGUGGGAGAAGACGCCCACGACUGCAGGCACAGUGAAGACGCGGGGGUCAUCUGCGAUUACGUCCCUGACCCGUCGGGGGACGGCGCCAGGCUGACGCAGACCUGCGGCAUGAGGGCCAACACGCAGCGACGCCGGAGAAGGAUCAUUGGUGGGGACAAGUCCAUCAGGGGGGACUGGCCCUGGCAGGUGUCUCUGUGGCUCAAGUCCCAGUCCAAAGGGAACCACCCCCUGUGUGGAGCCACACUCAUCAACUCCUGCUGGAUCCUGACCGCUGCACACUGCUUCAAGAGGUUUGGCAAGGACCCAUCUCGCUAUCUGGUGCGUCUGGGCGACUACCACACGGAGGAGAGGGACGACUUUGAGCGCAGCCUGUCCCCAGAGCGCAUUGUCAUCCAUAGGAGGUACCACAGCCAGGGCUGGGAGUAUGACAUCGCCCUGCUCAGGUUGAGAGGCACUGAGGGAAACUGUGUGGCAUUCAACCCUCACACCAACGCGGCCUGCCUCCCAGCACCUGGAAACAAGUCGGCCAAGAGGCCUUCUGCCUGCGUCAUCACCGGGUGGGGAAUUACAGACUCGGAGUACUCCCGUACCCUGCUGCAGGCCUGGGUCCCCCUGUUGCCUUCGUGGAAGUGCAAGAAGCGCUACGGCGAACGCUACACCAGCCGCAUGCUGUGCGCAGGCAGCCUCUCGGACCGGCGCCGCGUCGACAGUUGCCAGGGCGACAGCGGUGGGCCCCUGGUGUGUCAGGGGGAGGGGGGCCGCUGGGCACUGACGGGGGUCAUUUCCUGGGGUCAUGGCUGCGGUGACCCCUCGUUCCCCGGGGUGUACACGCGGGUCAGCAGGUUCCUGCGCUGGAUUGACCAGGUCAUCAACAGCCCUCCCAUGAUCUGAUGCUGCUGCGGUACCAUUGGAGAUGCCCCAGGGUCAUCAGAAGACCUCCAGGUUUCAGGGGCCAGUUACAGAAGGUCAUCGCUCUAUGGCUUCAGCUCUUAGUAUCACCCAUGAAGUGGCUCUUAACACAGAGGGCUUUUAAUUAGUUGCUGUCAUUGCCUACACUUGGAGAAGCUUGCAAAUGGCUUUGAGCAUUCUUGAUUGUGUGGAACAACAAAUCUGAUGAGACCAUGUAAAGCACCGAUGGUUCAGUCAUGAGAACCAGACUGAAUAGGUCAAUGACAUUGCAGUAGAAUGGCAUGCCAUAAUAUCACACAGCGCCACCUGUGAAAGGCUAACUAAUGGUACCAUUGGGAGGAGGUCUUGUCCAGAGCGUUAGGCGGAGGGUAAUCAAGGUACAAUGUUGUAGAUGUACAGUACCUAGAGACAUAGCUUUAAAUGAAUAUUGUGUCAAGAACAUUCCAGUCGUGCAUGCAAUCUAAUUUAUUCCUGUAUUCAUCUGCUUUUCUCUUGAUUGCAACAACUGGUCAAAAUGGUCAAUGUACAGGUGGCUGUCUUAGACCAGGGUUUUUUAAACUGGGGCUCACAGACCACCGGGGAUCCGGAAGAGGCUUGCAGUUUUUUCUGUUUUUUUUUUACUAAUUUAUUCUUCAUUAAAUUCGGUGUUUGUUUACCGGUCAUCCUGUACACCAAUGAUUGUCAAGGCUAACUGCCAUGUAGGGAGUGUAUCCCAAUGUCAAGGAGCUCCUGGGGAUAGUGGCUUAAAUAUAGUAUUUAACUGUCUAUCUGUCUGCCUUCCUGUUUGUCUAUCCACAGCAUCUGUCUAUCACUUUCUCAUAUGUGCUGCACUGUGCAUCCAUGCUUUCUGUAUUGUGUUUUGUGAAGCCAGAGGGUGUGUGUGUACUGCUUACAAGUUGUUCGAGGAUCAUCUCAGUUCUAGACCAUAUCUUUGUGUUAUUGUCCAAGUUGAUGGGUAAUUGCCAAAUUCUAUCAUCAUUCUUUUUUUUUGACGCACAUCAGCAAUCUUAGACUUACAAAUGUUCAAUUUCUUUUCCAUGUUUAAUCUUUACCUGGUCACAUUCCACUCUAAUUUCAGAAUACAUAUCCACUGUAACCUUGUUUAAAUGUGCAAUAGCUGGGUCGGGGCUAAUAAAAUAUACUUGAAAAGUACAGAGUGGCCUAGGUUGGACCACUCUCCCUUCAGAUAAAGCAUAAAAUGCCAGAUAAAAAAGUAAGAACAGAGAGGGACAAACACUGGGUAUGCUCCCAAUUUCCCACCUUUGUUGGACAACGUUUAGAUACAACACAGAGCUUCAUGUGAUUAUUAAUACAGAAUUCCAACUAUCUGGCAGUUUAGAAGACCCUUUGAUUCAGUACUUACCUCUAUUCCAAAAGGAACAAAACAAAUUCUUAAUUACUCACUAAUACCACCCGUACAGUUGCUGGAGGGCUUCAUUUAAUGUUUACACUAAAUGAUUAAACCUAAUGUGUUAUUUUGCUUUUAGUCUCUUGACUACAUGCUUUUGGUUGUUACUCAAUGGUACAACUACCAAGUUAUCUGUUUUGUGACUGUCAAUUGUGCAAAAUAAAGCUGCUUUCUAGACUAGAAAUUCUGUUAAUGAUGAAAAUAAAUGUGUAUACAUGUGAGGUAGUUGUUUUGGAUUAAACAUUUACUACAAGGUUAAAGUGUAUAUUUGUCAGAUUUUACUUGUGUUCAUACUGAAUGGCCAACACCUUAUAAAGAGGCAAAAGACUUGGGACAUAUUAAUUAUGUCCAAAAUAAGCACUUAUGUUUCUUAUUUGGUCCUAUAUCCUUUGCAUGCUUAAACUGCUGGAAGUCUGACAGAAAUGCUUUUAAUCCUAAAAUUGCCUUGGCUAUUCAAGAACUUUCCACUUCCUUUGACCCUGGAAGACUCACCUUUUUGCUAUUGCAGUGGUUGGGUUCAUUGUCUUGCAAUAGGUUGAAGUUUAAUGAGUAUGGUGCCAUUUGCUUGUACUUAAGCAGACAAUAUUUUUCUGUACAUUUCUGAACUUAUUCUUUGGCUUCCGUCAGGAGUUACAUCAUUAAUGAAGACAAGUGAGCCAGUUCCAGUGGCAGCCAUACAGUUCCAAAUCAUAACUCCCCACCAUAUUUCACAGAUAAGGUGCUAUGCUAUAGACCUUGGACAGUUUUUUCUCUCCAGACUUUCUUCUUGUUGUCACUGUUAAUCUUUUUCUCAUCUGUCCAUGAUGCCGUUUAUAUAACUUGGUCACUUUUAGCUAUGUUUUAAAAUAGUCAAAUUGACUAGUCAUCCUAUUUGGAACCUAACUAGUCGCUUGCAGCUUACAGUUUAGCGUUUAUUUUGGUUUUGGUUGUUUAUGAUUUUCAAGCCUCUAAGUUUUCCUGACUUUAUUGACACCUCUUUGGUCCUAAUGCUGACAGACAACAAACAAACCUGACUAACCAGUAACACCUAUCAAAAGUUGUCCCAAGACUUCUGGUAGCCUAAAAUGUGAAUACUUUGUGUAAAACUUGUUGUCCUUUGUAAAUGGUGGAACGUUUAUGUACCAAAGUACCUCAAGUAAGUGCUGAAAAUGUAUAUUUUAACCUGAUAGCAAUUGUUUGAUUUCAAAUCCAAAUACAUCUUGUAUAGAGCCAAAAGUAGAUAAAUAAUAAUAAUAAUUGGCAGGGCACUGUAUGUAAUAUUUCAAAUGGACUUCCAGGUUUUUUUUUUAUUGAUGAGUGAAGUAAAAAAUUUAAUUUCAUAAUGUGACCUAAUUUAAAAUACAACAGUAUGCCAAGUUAAAAAUAUUCUUCAGAAUUUCAAUCCUGCCAAAACAUUUUAGUGAGAAAUAUAUGCUAAAAAUGCUAUAUGUCUACUGUACACGCCUUGGUUCAUAAAUAUCCUGUAACAACCCUGUAUAUAGUACCGUGAAUGUUAAUGUAAAUAUAUCAUGUGUUUUAAAUGGUGUCAUUAAAUAUCUGUAUCACA